CCCAACACACGCACAACUUGCCGUCGAAAGACUCGGUUUCAAAGACUCAAACAAACCGACCCAAACAGCUGGGACCAGUUCAAGACAAGUGGCGUGGUGAUACUUUGGAGAAAUGUCUGGCAGAUUGCCCCCAACAUCGUGGCGAGGGUUCGGAAGGCAAAGAAAUGUGUGAAGGAGUGAAGAGGUUAAAAGCCGGGAAAUAUGGGAGACUGGAACUUGUUGGAGAAGCUGCUGGACAGCGCCCAGGAACACUCGACGGUGGUGGGGAAGGUGUGGCUGACGACGCUGUUCAUUUUCCGUAUCCUGGUGUUGGGGGCGGCCACCGAGAAGGUGUGGGGGGACGAGCAAAGCUUCUUCACCUGCAACACCAAGCAGCCGGGCUGCCAGAAUGUCUGCUACGACAGGACUUUCCCCAUCUCCCACAUCCGUUUCUGGGUCCUGCAGAUCGUCUUCGUGUCCACCCCAACCUUGGUCUACCUGGGACACAUCCUGCACAUCCUGCGCCAGGAGGAGAAGAGGCGUCUGAGGGAGAGCGUGAGGGAGAGCCAGGGGCCAACCGGGCAGAACGUCAAGACCCCUAACCUCACCCUCCAGGACGAGCGGGGCAAGCUCAGACUGCAAGGGGCGCUCUUGAGGACCUACAUCCUCCACAUCAUCUUCAAGACCCUGUUCGAAGUGGGGUUCAUCUUGGGUCAGUAUUACCUGUACGGCUUUGAGCUCAAACCUCUCUACAAAUGCAACCACUGGCCGUGCGGCAACACUGUGGACUGUUACAUAUCUCGACCGACAGAGAAGACCAUCUUCAUCCUCUUCAUGCUCUCCAUGGCCUGCCUGUCCCUGCUCCUCAACCUGAUUGAAAUGUGUCACCUGGGCUACAAGGCUUGCAGGGAGCGGGUGCUGGCGAGACAGGCUGCCGCGUCCCUGGAGAGCGAGCGCAGGGCCAGAAGUUCGGUGGAGAAGAUCGCUCCUUGCGCCCCCGCCUACCCCUACUUCGCCAGUCACAGGGGGCCGCAGCUGUACAAGGGGGAUUCCAGGUUCAGCCUCGACCCCCCGACUGAUUCGGGCUCCCUCUGCCACCCUUACGGCGGCAAAGCGGUGGCCGCCCGGCAAAACCGGGACAAUUACGCGACGGAGAGACUGGACGAGAGGCGCCCGGAGCCCACCGCGGAUCCCUGCGGCGUCAGCGAGGGCAGCAAACAGAGCAAACACGCCCACUCGGGUGAUCUGGCCAUCUGAGGCCGUGGGAAAGGUUACAACGGUGGGCAGGGAGAGCCCGCCCGCAUAUUGACUCUUAAGCGGAGGACAGACCGGU